AAAAGAUCCAUUGUUUUUUCUCAGGUGGAAUUCGGCUGAUAUAUCUUUUACCUGUGUUAUCCUAGUGGGCUCAUAAUCAUCCCAUCAUGUGACUGUUUUCAUUCAGGGAAAAGGAAUGGAUUAGGUAGGACUCUGAUAUUGUCCCCUCCUCUCUCCAUCAGCGACAUCUUGUCAUGUUCCUAGCAGCCUGGCUGUUUUCAGGGAGACAGCUGUGGGUACGACGAGGCUGUGAUUCAGUCCGUGGGAAUCGAACAUAACGGACAUGAUUCGGAAGAAGCUCCGCGAGCGCUCCUCAAAGGCACCAUGUCUCUUAGAUUGAUGGAAUACAAAGGCGCGAGUAAAAUAAUUAAAAUGCGACCGUUAUUCCGGUGAGGCAGGUGGAACGCCAGUGGUCAUGGUGUAUGCCUCGUCGACAGAUACCAGGAAGCUGUCUCUCCUCUCAUCCUCCUUCACCCUCCCCAUGACCUUCAACCUAUCAGAGGGGGACAACAGCAGCAGCCUGGCUAGUUCAGCCACACCCUUCCUCUGUAACCGCGAUGCCCUCUCACCCUCCUAUUCUUCGGGUCAUCAGAACAUCACCCAGGUGUCGUAUGAACUCACCCCAGCCGAGGUGGUUGUUCUGGGGUUGGUGUUCAGUGUCCUCUGGCUGGUAUCCAUCCUGGGGAAUGCCUUGGUGUGUCUGGUGAUUCACCGCAGCAGACGAGCUCAGUCCACCACUAACUACUUUGUGGUGUCAAUGGCCUGUUCGGACCUGCUCCUUUCCCUGGGCUGGGCUCCCUUCGUCCUGCUGCAGGUGGUGUCUGGCCACUGGCCCCUCAGCUCUGCCUCCUGCAAAGCUGUACGGUACCUGCAGCAUCUGUGCCCAGGCGUCCAGGUGUAUGUACUGCUGUCCAUCUGUGUGGACCGGUUCUACACAAUUGUCUACCCUCUCAGCUUCAAGGUCUCCAGGGAGAAAGCCAAGAGGAUGAUCCUGGCAUCCUGGGUGUUGGACGCUGCCUUCGUAUCACCCUGCCUCUUUUUCUAUGGUUCGGAGGCUGCAGAUGGGCACUGUGACUUCUUUCUGCCAGUAGGGAGCUGGGAUGGUGUGACAUAUGGUUCCACUCAUCUUCUCCUGGGCUUUCUGGUUCCAGCCAUUCUCAUUGUGUGGUUCUAUCAGCGUGUGGUCCGAUAUAUUUGGAGGAUUGGCGCCGACGGACACACAGUCCGGCGUACCAUGAACAUUGUCCCCAGGACUAAGGUGAAGACCAUCAAGAUGUUCCUCAUGCUGAACGUGGUGUUCCUUCUCACCUGGAUGCCCUUCUACGUGGCCCAGCUGUGGCACCCGAGUGAUGCCCUGGGCACCAGCCGACAGGGGGCUUUGGUGUUCUGUUGCGUGGUCUGUGUGUCCUUCAGCUCCACGGCCUCCAAGCCCACCCUCUACUCCGUCUACAAUGCAAACUUCAGACGCGGCAUGAGGGAGACCUUCUGCAUGUCCUCCAUGAAGUGUUACCGUAGCAAUGCUUACACAAUCACCGCCAGCUCCCGCAUGGCCAAGAAGAACUACAUCGGUGUGGUGGACAUCCCUGUGACAACCAAGGCCACGCUCACCAAAGACUCUGUCUACGACACGUUUGACCGUGAAGCUAAGGAGAAGAAACUGGCCUGGCCAAUCAACGCCAACCCUCCGAACACAUUCGUCUGAGGGGCCAAUCAGCGCCAAACCUCCUGACAUAUUCGUCUGAGGGCAGGCAUUCAACUCACUUUUAAGAAAGAACAGAAUUGAAAGUGUGAACACUGAAUAUGUAGGAAAAUACAUAUCAAAUCUGCAAAUGUGCAUUACAAACACUUCAACAAUAUUGUGAAGGACUAUAUUUGGGGUGCUUGUAAAUUAUAUUUUGAGCAGAUGAUCUCGCUAGCACUCCCGCAAAAGAGGGAAUGGUGUUCAUGACGUAGUGCUGAAUCAUUGACAUACUCCCCCUUAGUCGUAAACAUCUGUGUGGAUGUGAUCUUGAUGAUAAGGGACCAUAGAGAAUAGGCUUUCUCAGAUGGAGCAGUCUGAACACAGUAUCAUCAAAACAUCCGGCCUUGGAGCCAAGACACGAACCUAGAUGGCAUUCAUCUGUUAUAACAUGUUAGUAAUAUUCUGGUUACGUUAUAACCUGUUUCUGGUUAGUUAUAAUAUGUUGAUAAUGUUCUGGUUUGUGUGUUGUUGUGAUCUCUGUGAUUCAUAUGAUGUCAAAGCCUUCUAUGUUAAUGGACUAAAAGACUCUGUCUUAAACUCGAAACAUUUUUUCAACCAGUCAACAUGCUGGCACAAGAAAUCAUUCUGCAAAUCAUAAUUAAAAAAAAAAUGUUGACAUUAGCCAGACCUGCCCUGCCAGAUGCAGCAUACUUCUGUUAGUAUGUGUGAAACAUCUAAUCUCUUUGUCUUCUACUGUCUAUGCUGUGAUCUAAAGAGUUUCCUCUGAUGAAUGACUAACAAAUAAACCAUCAGCAAGGUACCCUAUAUGAUUCAGCCUUACUGUUUACAUUUUGGAAGUACUGCAACAUUUACAGGGACGGUUUAAAAAACUAUCUGUUGUAUUCAUAGAUGGAGGGGAAAUUGACUCAAAGAAAAUCUCCAAGAGAAUGUGCUUUGUUUGUCUUUGACAUUUUGGAAAGGAAAUGGUGUCACUGCAGAGGGAGAUAUACAGCUCAGUUUGUCUUAGAACAAGAAGUUCUGCAUGAACCCAGACUAAAAUAUGUCCGGCUGCUUCCUAGUUGGAGCGUUGGAAGUAAACUGGAAUAAUAAGGUUGUUUGCUCUUCUGCCUGACGGGUUUAAACUUUCUGAAAAGCUGAAAAUGGAAUUGGGAAUGUGAUGCACUCAUCAAUCAAUCAAUCAAA